GAUGUUUCUAUAGCAGACGACAAAGUAAAUUACAAAAAAAAAUUAUAUUAUAAAUUUCCAAAACUUUUUUAAUUUUAUUUCAAUAAUAAUAAUAAAUAUUGUAAUUAAUUGUUCGAAAAAUUUAUAAAAAAUGAUAUUUUACAUUGAAAAAACAUUGUGUCGUAAUGUUUCUCGUGUUUUACGUUAUUUUUCCACAAAUCUUCAAACAACGUGCAAUGAUAUUGAAAAUAAUAAUGCUGUUAAAAAAUCAUUAAAAAUUGCAAUAAUUGGUUUACCAAAUGCUGGCAAAAGUACAUUAAUUAAUCAACUAGUAAAUCGAACGGUUUGUCCAACCUCUGGAAAAGUUCACACGACACGUGAAAAAUCGGAAUCAAUUUUUGUCACUGAGAAUACACAAUUAAUAAUUAUUGACACACCUGGUUUGGUAUCGAAUCGUGAUUUUAAAGCCUACGAUAUGGAGGCAACAUUCAAAAAAGAUGUCAAUAAAUCGUUACAUAAAGCUGAUAUUAUUGGUGUUGUACAAGACAUGGAAAAUCCACGUUCACGUGAAAAUAUCAGUAAACGAAUAUUACCAUUGCUCGCCGAUUAUGGCAAACAACGACCGAGUAUUUUAAUUUUAAAUAAAGUCGAUCGUAUAAAAAAGAAAAAUGUUCUUUUAGAUAUUAUCAAAAUUUUAACAAAUGAACAAAAUUGGCCUUAUUUCAAUGAUAUUUUCAUGAUAUCAGCUUUAAAAAAUGAUGGCGUCGAUGAUCUUAGAAAUUAUUUUUUGGACAUGGCAAAGGAAAAUGAAUGGGACUAUAAUUCGGAAAUGUAUACAGAUCAAAAACCCGAAUUAAUAAUAGAACGUACGGUAAAAGCAAAUUUAAUGGAUGAAUUACCACAGGAAAUGCCGUAUAAAUUAAAAAUUGAAUUAGAACAUUUUCUCGUUUCAAACGAAGGGACAAUAAAUUCAACAGUGAAAAUAAUUUGUCCAACGGAAAGAAUUUCAAAAGUUGUCAUGAGAAGAGUGAAAUUAGUUGCACAAUUAAGCGAGAAAAAUCUUUCAAAUGCAUUUCGUACAAUUUUUAAACUUAAACUAUCAAUAAUUGUUAAGGCGAAGAAAAAAACUUAAUUUUUUUUCUAAAAUAAAUUCGUUAGAAAAAUAAAAUUUUAUAAAUUUACAUAAAAAAAAAAAAAUAGGUAAUUUUUCUACCUGUAAAAAAAAUAAUUUACUUUAAAAAAAAAAAAUGUCGAUGACACGAAAAAUUAAAGAAUAAUUUAAAUAAGAA